AUGAACUCCUCUUCAAGUGUGGAACAAACUAUAGACAGCCCCCAUGAAGGUGUACUGCCGACGACAGGGCCCACAAGUGAAUACGAAGAUGACAAUGAAGAAAGUGGGAACGAUGAGAAUUUCGGUACUGCUACCGAAGUUGAGAACGGAUCCACCACGAGAAAAUGGGAAAAUUUCUGUUUAAGAAGUGGUAUAAAUCAUUUUGUGUUGACCGACGAUGGUAGCAGGGUCGUGCUAGCAUUAAAACAAGGUCAAGAAGUCAUGAUUGCAGGAAGUUUCCAAUUGCAAAUUCUCAAGGGAGGGAUUAAAUACAACGACGUGCAUUAUAACGCAUCUCAAAGAUCGCUCAAAAUUUGGCAUCCUUCGUGCUCUUCGAUGUCGCCAAUAUCAAGCUCUUUCUUUGCAGGUUGGAAAGAACAGAUGUUCAUUACGUCCGAAAUUUCGAAGACGGGACUGGUGCAUAAAGACUUUGAAUGCAUACUCCUCAUUACGAACCGAUGCUCCGAAUUACUCGGAAUUUCAAGACUGGACUACACUUUCAGCAAUUUGUGGGUUUCUCGCGAUUACUUCACAUCAACGCACAAUGCUUCGUCACAGAAAUCGAGCUUUUCAAUUCUUACCAGAAGCACCAUGAGAGAUGUAUCAUCUGUACUGAGUCUCAAUAUAUCAAGCUCGUGGGCCAAAAAGCUGGAUGAACUUUCACUUUUUCAUAGAGGAAACUCGCAUGAUAUGCGCGUAAUGGUCCUAGGAGGCAAAAACUCCGGAAAGUCCACAUUUUUACGAUUACUGUUGCAAAGGUUUUUGCAUGUUGAUAAUGAAGAUGACGAGAGCAUAUUUUACCUGGAUGUAGAUCCAGGGCAAACCGAAUACUCAGGGCCAGACUGCAUUUCGCUCAGUUCAGUUCAAAAGGAUUUGGAACUUGGCAAUCCGUUAGGGCAAUCACGAAAUCUACCAAUUGUUGAACGCUACGUGGGCACAAAUAGUCCGAGCGCCUAUCCGACAAAGUAUCUGGCAGAGAUCACGGAGUUGAUAGAAUCUUUCAGUAACGAGGUGCACAUGGGAACCACGGUACUCAAUGUUCCCGGUUGGGUCAAAGGUUUCGGGAUUCAAAUUGUCAACAAUAUUAUAAGUCGCUUUAAGCCCACGCAUAUCUUACUUCUGGGCUCUGUUGCGAAAAAUCGGUCAUUACUCAACGAGCUACAAAUGGAUAAAAGGUUUUCUACGCCCCAGCGAGAGAACUACGAGACGAAGGUGGAUUUCAUCGAUGGUUAUCAUGGCUCGUCAACAGAUUUUUCGCUCAAGGCGAGAAUUCAGCCUUAUCACAUGCGGCAAUUCCGUCUUUUGUCGCACUUCCACAGAGUCCGCAGCCUGUCUCACAACAUUGAGUAUGACUUCACGCCUCUAAUGAAACAAAGUCCCUUCAGAGUUUCCUUUGGGACUUCUGGACCUGUAAGGGCAUUCAAAUUACCAACAUCAGGAGAUAAAUGGACAGACUCCAAUAUCAAAGACAUGUUAGAGGGUACAAUAGUUGGUAUUUUCAAGCCUGUGUCCAGCUUCGAUGUUCAGACACAAGGUAGCUUUCCCGUUACUGAACAAAAUGUUAGCGGUGAAUUUCUCUCCUUGGGCUUCAUUCAUUCCAUAAACAUUCAAGAAGCCUACAUCAAUAUCUUCCUUCCUAGUUCGCGUAAAAACAACGUCGCGGAUGCAUCCACUUCCGACUUUCUUAUAGAAAGACGCAAAACUGAAACACCAGUUUGUGAGCUUUUUCCACAGGAUAAAUCUUUUAACGACUGCUCUGAGCUGAAGAUACCGUUCGUUUCUUCCCGGAAACCGAAGAAGUAUGAGUAUGUGUGGAAAGUACGAAGAAACAUUCAAAGGAGAGGACACCUUACAAAAUGA